UUUUAUCAGCUUUCUGGAGAUGCGAUCCGUCAGAUCUGAGGAUGCCUGGAUGCGUGUACCAUAAGUGGCAGUGCUUUUUGAAUGACUAGAUUAUAAAGGAGGACGCUGCUGUAAAGGAGUCGUGAUAUGCGAAAAGCCGCCAUCCUCUGAUUCUGCCACCUGCCAUACAAACCAUAGGGUUUCUUUCCUUUCUCUAUCCGAUGUUUUUCAAGUUUCGGCGCCAAUGGGAGGCACCCUGGGAAGUGGUUGAUAGCAAGGCUGUGAAGCCAGUUUACAUGUAUUAUGAAGAUGAAGAUUCCCUUGAUAUUGUCGCCGUUAGCGACGUAGACACUCGGGGAACAUAUGUUUUCGAGGUUAACCACCUCUCCCGCACCGCCCUCCGAAACGCCAUAAUCUUUUCACGGCAACAACUUAUCCAGCAAGUUGCUAAAAAGGGCUUUAACGUCCUUGUUUUAGAGAGUUGGAGGUUGACUGUAUUUCGAAGAGGAAAGAGUCACCGCGUCGAGGUCAUGUACAGCGGAAGACCCGCCCAAGCCUUGGGAAAGCUACCGCAUCUACCGCCGCCGCCCUUCAUCGAUGUAUUACACGAGUUCGUGUGAUGGUAGCAAUGGUAGUGUCGCGUGUUUCAGGGUAUUCAUCUGGGUCAGGGCUGUAGACGCCUUCUGUGCGAGCUCUCACGCGCUUGG